AAUUUCUAUUGCAGUCACAUUAUUAUUUGUGUGCAUUGUUGUCCACACCUCAAUUCAGUGCAUUUUCUAGUAGGGAUCAUUAUGAGAUCGCAGGUUGGGACGAUGACAGCUCGAUUGUACUUCUCAUUGAUUGCUGUAUUAUGUUGUCUUUCUGGAUACUUGAGCCUAACAGAUGUUAUUCAAGGACAAACUGCAGCAAAGCCAGGAGAGUGUCCACCUCAAACAUCUGGAAGCUUGUUUAAUGGGUCCUGUAACCGUGACUCUGACUGUCCCAACGAUGAGAAGUGCUGCGGCAAUGGAAGUGGACAUUACUGUACAGCUCCUUAUACAGUGAAGCCGGGUCAGUGUCCCAAACCGAAGAGCGUUCAAGAAUGUGCUGACCUCUGUUUCCAUGAUGGCCAGUGUCCUGACACACAGAAAUGUUGCCCAACCAUCUGUGGCCAUGUAUGUAGUGAACCAAGUGAUCAGCAAAGUGAUCAGCAAAGUGAUCAGGGUAGUGGUCAGGGAAGCGGCCAGGGUAGUGGUGAAGGUCAGGGAAGCGGCUACGGUCAGGGAAGCGGCUACGGUCAGGGAAGCGGCUACGGUCAGGGAAGCGGCUACGGUCAAGGUCAGGGAAGCGGCCAGGGUAGUGGUGAAGGUCAGGGUAGUGGUCAAGGAAGCGGUCAGGGAAGCGGCUAUGGUCAAGGUCAGGGAAGCGGCUACGGUCAGGGAAGCGGCUACGGUCAAGGUCAGGGAAGCGGCUACGGUCAGGGAAGCGGCUACGGCCAAGGUCAGGGAAGCGGUCAGGGAAGCGGCUACGGUCAAGGUCAGGGAAGCGGCUACGGUCAGGGUAGCGGUCAGGGAAGCGGCUACGGUCAGGGAAGCGGUUACGGUCAAGGUCAGGGAAGCGGUUACGGUCAGGGAAGCGGUCAGGGAAGCGGCUACGGUCAGGGAAGCGGUUACGGUCAAGGUCAGGGAAGCGGUUACGGUCAGGGAAGCGGUUAUGGUCGAGGUCAAGGAAGUGGUCAGGGAAGCGGUUAUGGUCAAGGUCAGGGAAGCGGUUACGGUCAGGGAAGCGGUUAUGGUCAAGGUCAGGGAAGUGGUCAGGGAAGCGGUUAUGGUCAAGGUCAGGGAAGCGGUCAGGGAAGCGGUUAUGGUCAAGGUCAGGGAAGUGGUCAGGGAAGUGGUCAGGGAAGCGGUUAUGGUCAAGGUCAGGGAAGUGGUCAGGGAAGCGGUCAAGGUCAGGGACAGGGAAGUGGUCAAGGACAGGGAAGUGGUCAGGGUAGCGGUCAGGGACAGGGAAGCGGUCAGGGAUGUGAUCGUGGACUGGGUCGUGGAUGUGGGAGACGUGGUAAUUCCUACCGCAGCUGGCGGGAUCCCGUAUUAAAAAAUAAAGCGAAAAAGACCAAAGUGAGACCACUCACUGUUGGCGCCUGGAAUGUGUGCACCUUGAUGGACACAUCUGGAUCAAAAAGACCUGAGAGAUGCACCGCCCUCGUGGGCAGAGCCAGAUAUAAUGUGGAUGUUGCUGCCCUUAGUGAGACCCGACUGGGCGAUAUUGGACAAGUAACUGAAGUGGGUGCAGGUUACACAUUCUUCUGGAGUGGACGAGGCCAGGAGGAGAGGCGUGAUGCUGGUGUUGGUUUUGCAGCGGCCACCAUCAUCAGUGCCUAUGCCCCUACCAUGACCAACUCUGACGAGAUCAAAACCAAAUUUUAUAAUGACUUGGAAGUCAUUAUUGCUGCUACAGCCAGCUCGGAUAAACUUCUGAUACUGGGUGAUUUCAACGCCAGACUUGGCUCUUUAAAACCCCAUUUUUACAGCAAUUUCUAUUGCAGUCACAUUAUUAUUUGUGUGCAUUGUUGUCCACACCUCAAUUCAGUGCAUUUUCUAGUAGGGAUCAUUAUGAGAUCGCAGGUUGGGACGAUGACAGCUCGAUUGUACUUCUCAUUGAUUGCUGUAUUAUGUUGUCUUUCUGGAUACUUGAGCCUGACAGAUGUUAUUCAGGGACAAACUACAGCAAAGCCAGGAGAGUGUCCACCUCAAACAUCUGGAAGCUUGUUUAAUGGGUCCUGUAACCGUGACUCUGACUGUCCCAACGAUGAGAAGUGCUGCGGCAAUGGAAGUGGACAUUACUGUACAGCUCCUUAUACAGUGAAGCCGGGUCAGUGUCCCAAACUAAAGAGUGUUCCAGAAUGUGCUGACCUCUGUUUCCAUGAUGGCCAGUGUCCUGCCGCACAGAAAUGUUGCCCAACCACCUGUGGCCAUGUAUGUAGUGAACCAAGUGAUCAGCAAAGUGAUCAGCAAAGUGAUCAGCAAAGUGAUCAGCAAAGUGAUCAGCAAAGUGAUCAGCAAAGUGAUCAGCAAAGUGAUCAGCAAAGUGAUCAGCAAAGUGAUCAGCAAAGUGAUCAGCAAAGUGAUCCGCAAAGUGAUCAGGAAAGCGGCCCGGAAAGUGGUCAGGGAAGCGGUUAUGGUCAAGGUCAGGGUAGCGGUUACGGUCAGGGAAGCGGCUACGGUCAGGGAAGCGGUUAUGGUCAAGGUCAGGGAAGCGGUUACGGUCAAGGUCAGGGUAGCGGUCAGGGAAGCGGCUACGGUCAGGGCAGUGGUUACGGUCAAGGUCAGGGAAGCGGCUAUGGUCAGGGUAGCGGUUACGGUCAAGGUCAGGGUAGCGGCUAUGGUCAGGGAAGCGGCUAUGGUCAGGGUAGCGGUUACGGUCAAGGUCAGGGUAGCGGUUAUGGUCAGGGAAGCGGCUAUGGUCAGGGUAGCGGUUACGGUCAAGGUCAGGGAAGCGGCUAUGGUCAGGGUAGCGGUUACGGUCAAGGUCAGGGUAGCGGUCAGGGUAGUGGUUACGGUCAGGGUAGUGGUUACGGUCAGGGUAGCGGCUAUGGUCAGGGUAGCGGCUAUGGUCAGGGAAGCGGCUAUGGUCAGGGAAGUGGACAGGGAAGCGGACAGGGACAGGGAAGCGGACAGGGUCAGGGUAGCGGUCAAGGUCAGGGACAGGGAAGCGGACAGGGAAGCGGUCAAGGUCAGGGACAGGGAAGUGGUCAGGGACAGGGAAACGGUCAGGGACAGGGAAGCGGACAGGGUCAGGGACAGGGAAGCGGUCAGGGACAGGGAAGCGGACAGGGAAGCGGUCAAGGUCAGGGACAGGGAAGUGGUCAGGGACAGGGAAGUGGUCAAGGUCAGGGACAGGGAAGUGGUCAGGGACAGGGAAGUGGUCAGGGACAGGGAAGUGGUCAGGGUAGCGGUCAAGGUCAGGGACAGGGAAGUGGUCAGGGACAGGGAAGUGGUCAGGGACAGGGAAGCGGACAGGGAAGCGGUCAAGGACAGGGAAGCGGUCAGGGUAGCGGUCAAGGUCAGGGAAGCGGUCAGGGAUGUGAUCGUGGACGGGGUCGUGGAUGUGGGAGACGUGGUCAUUGAAGUGGUCAUGGGCAUUUUGCAUAAUACUUGCAGGAGAUCUCUUCAAUUCAGUGCUUUAUUCAUAUGGCACAUUUUUCCUGUUUGCUUAAACUGUUUGGAAGGCUUUCGGGUCUGUCUCCCCAGCAGCCUCAAAUAAUAAAAAACUA